CUCGCGUCAUCAAAUGGCGUCCACAUACUCACUCUCUCCGUCUCGCCGUCAUCAGUGGUACAGUGGGACUCGAACCGUGUGCGUAUGUUGAGCUGCACAACCGGUUCAUUUGGCAUUCCGGCAUUUCGACAAGACAUCUUGCGCUGCUCCCUCGACUCGGAAGGUCUCUACAUGGUUGUUUAUGCACAACAGUUGUCAACCGAUAGCAAUGCUGUGCCCCAAAAAGUGAAUGGGACUCGCUCUUCGGACAGUGAAGCCGACCUCGGCAGCAAUCUCAUUGGUCCGUCCUCUUCAUCUCUCAGCCCUCCCGGAGGGAUUCGAACCGUGAAUGGACAUAACCACCGGCCGACAGGACCAAUCAGACCUGCCGGUACCAACUGA